AAUUUAUUUAUAAUAGGCAAGAUGCAAUUUUUUGUACACUUGUAUAGGGGUUUGGUUAUAGCGUUUAGAGACACAUUUAUGGCCAGAAAACAGUGCGAAAGUAAGCGCCGAUUGGAUGGACAGGUUGUAGUGAUUACCGGCGCCAACACUGGUAUCGGUAAAGAGACUGCCUAUCAAAUGACAUUACGUGGCGCUAAAGUAAUCAUUGGAUGUCGUGAUGAGAGUCGAGCCGAGAAUGCGAUCAAAGAUAUAAAGCAAAGGAACCCAAAGGCAGACAUAUAUUCACUUCCAUUAGACUUGUCUUCACUUCAAUCCGUCCGUCAAUUCGUGACCGAAAUCACGAAACGGGAGACAAAAGUAGAUAUACUUAUAAACAAUGCGGGCAUUGCUUUCACUCCCGAAUGGGCCACCGCUGACGGGUUUGAGAUGGCUUUCGGGACCAACCAUUUGGGUCACUAUCUGCUAACUCUAUCGCUGUUACCACUGAUGAAACAGUCCAUUGGCACCGGACGUGCGGCCCGUGUUGUAAACGUGUCCUCAUGUAUACACGCGUUGGGAAACAUACACUUUGAAAAUAUAAACCUGCGAAACGGUGCAUACCAUCCACAAAAAGCGUACGCCCAAAGCAAACUGGCCAACGUGUUGUUCACCAGGGAGUUGGCCCGUAGACUGGGCUCCGAUAGCGGGGUUAAUUCGUAUUCACUACAUCCCGGUGCUGUCCAAUCGGAAGGCGCCCGGCAUAUGACAGGUGUGCAGAAAUUUUUGGUAAAUAUUAUGCUGAAAGUGAUGGCCAUUGAUGUGGUAAAGGGCUGCCAGACAUCGCUGUACUGCGCCCUCGACGAGGGGUUGGAUAACGAGUCCGGCUUUUAUUAUGACAAUUGUCAACGAAUAGACGCAAUGGUGUCGACGGCUACUGACGAUAAAAGUGCGCAACAGUUGUGGCAAUUGAGUGAAGAGUUGGUCCGACUUGAAGAUCACCUUAAACUUUCCAGCAAUACUACUGGCAAUUAA